UGGCUGCGCGGUCCGUUCCGCUCCGGGCCGGACGGGGCGCUGCCCAGGGACGGGAGCCUGGGGCCUCGCUCGCCGCGGACUCGGCCCGGCCCUUCCGCUUCCUACUGGGAGUCGGGAGCUGGGGCCCGGCGCAUUGCUCAGGGAAUCUGAGCCAAGUAUCCUGUGCAGAGGCUCCCCUCAGGGCUGCUCAGGUCAGUCUUGGCUUGUCUCAUGGACAGACACAAAGUGAAGCGUCAGAGGCUGGACCGGAUUUGUGAAGGUAUACGGCCUCCUAUUGUGAAUGGCCCAAUGCCUGCCCGACCACUGGUUGCACUCCUAGAUGGGAGGGAUUGCACUGUGGAAAUGCCAAUCCUGAAGGAUGUUGCUACAGUGGCUUUCUGUGAUGCUCAGUCAACUCAGGAAAUCCAUGAGAAGGUGCUGAAUGAGGCUGUGGGAGCUUUGAUGUACCACACUAUCACCUUGUCCCGCCAGGACCUGGAGAAGUUCAAAGCCCUCCGGGUCAUUGUGCGUAUUGGCAGUGGCUAUGACAAUGUGGACAUCAAGUCAGCUGCAGAAUUAGGCAUUGCAGUGUGCAACAUCCCCUCCUCCUCUGUGGAGGAGACUGCUGACUCUACCCUAUGUCACAUCUUGAACCUGUAUCGCCGGGUUACUUGGCUUCAUCAGGCUAUGCGGGAAGGAAACCGAGCCUCAAGCAUGGAGCAAAUUCGAGAGGUGGCUGGAGGUGCCGUGCGUAUCCGUGGUGAGACCUUGGGCAUCAUUGGCCUUGGCCGAGUUGGGCAGGCAGUGGCCCUGAGAGCCAAGCCCUUUGGCUUCAACGUGAUUUUCUAUGAUCCGUAUCUACCAGAUGGCGUGGAGCGAUCCCUGGGGUUACAGCGAAUAGGAACUCUGCAGGACUUGCUAAUGCACAGUGAUUGCAUCACAUUGCACUGCAGUCUGAAUGAACAUAAUCAUCACCUCAUCAAUGACUUCACUAUUAAACAGAUGCGCCAUGGCUGCUUUCUGGUGAAUACAGCCCGUGGGGGGCUAGUAGAUGAGAAGGCCUUGGCACAAGCCUUGAAGGAGGGGAGAAUCAGAGGAACAGCACUUGAUGUGCACGAGUCUGAACCCUUCAGCUUUGCUCAGGGGCCCCUAAAAGAUGCUCCCAAUGUGAUCUGCACCCCUCACACAGCCUGGUACAGUGAACAGGCUUCCAUUGAGUCCAGGGAAGAUGCAGCUAAAGAGAUCCGCAGAGCUAUCACAGGUCACAUACCUGAUACUUUGAGGAACUGUGUUAAUAAGGAGUAUUUGCUGUUAGCUGCUCAGUGGCCAAGUAUUGAUCCUGCAGCUGUUCACCCAGAACUCAAUGGAGCUGUGGCUUACAGGUUUCCUCCAGGAGUAGUGGGAGUAGCAGCCCCUGGGCUGCCGGAGCCAGCGGUUGUGGAGGGGAUUGUAGCUCACGGGAUGCCCUCUGUGUCUCACUCUGCACCACGUACCCCUUCCCCAGGAGAGACGAGCAAACAGGACCCAGACAGAGAAAUCCCCGCUGACCAAUAGCAUCUUCUCUCUCCCUUCUCCUCUGGCAGCAGAAAAAGUAGGGGGAGAGCUCCCUGCUAGGACCUUUUCUAACACCCCACUGAGACUGUUUCCUGUUCACACAGGACAGGAGAAUGCAUUUCAUUACUGGCAAACAUUAGCUCUUGCCUUUCAACAGAUAUUUUAUAACCCAUUUAGUUUUAAUCUCUUGGUGAAUCUUUCCUUGUCUGCGGCAGGAGCAGUGACCUUGCCUCCCUUUUGAAAUUUAGUUUAACAUGUAGUGUCCCAUGACCCUGCCUCUGUUAUGUUUCACAGAAAGGCACUCUCAUGGGCUUGAAUGCAGCAGAACAGGAGCUGGCUGAACAGGGAGGCCUCCCAUUGUCUCCAAUACCAAACUUGAUGCAGAUUUUCACUAGUGACGUGCAGUCUCAGGAAGCACAAGUGAUGGGGAGUGUUCAAGCAGGACUAGUAAGAUGAAGAGAAGUUAGGCAUAUGAUCUGGUGUACUGCAUUGCAGGAAAAAGAGAGCCCAUGCCCAGUGCUGUGCACUGCCUUGUUCAUCCUGACCCAGGUGCCUCUGAGCACAGGCAUACCCAGGGUUGCUGCAAAUUGACAGUGUGAAGUUUUGCUCUUGUAAUGUUAGUGCUGGGCAUGAGCACAAGAGCAAGAAUGAAUCUGAGACUACCAACAAACUGAUUCAUAAAAGAUUUGGGGAGGAUUAAAGUAAACCACUCAGAUGUACUGUCUCCUGAGAUGGUCAUGAAGAUUUAGGAGAGUCCCUGGAAUCUGUGCCCAGCUGAGGGAGGGAAGGAGGGAAUGCAGAAGUGUAGGAAAUUUGUACUGGGAGGCAGCAAAAGUUAAAGCAUUGUGAAGUUGCUACUGCUGGUCCUGUACAUGCCUUUAUCUCACAUGCUGCUAAUGCAGUUUAUCCACAAGAGAAAUGUUAUACUAGAAUCCUAAAAAUUGGAGCAGGAAGAGAUGUAGUUCCCAAUUAGUCCAUCCCCCAAGGCCAGGGAGGAUUGUUCUCUUUAGGGCUUAGUCCAAUGUUAAAUGCCCCUUGGUGCAUCUGCCGCUGUCUUGGGGGAGAUGAUUCUUCAGCUUACUAGACUCCACGACAGGAAGAUUUUCCUAAUAUUCAUCCUACUUUUUUUUCAUUUAAUCACAUUACUCCUAUUUAUAUCCUCCUGGGCCCACAUAAAGUAAUUCUGCUCCCUUCUUGGGUUUUACACGCUUCAGUAUUUCUAGAUGGUCUAAAAGCUGACAACUCUUUUGGAUGACAACAAUUCAUGUUUUAUUCCUGUUGCUCAGGUACUUGCUGGGUGUGUGGAAGCUGAACAGCCUGUGCAUAUAAUUGAUGAAGGAGAAGGGGCAGAUCUUUUUGUUGUCGGCUGAGAAACAGACUGUCCCUUGUUUCUGAAGAAGGGAGUCUGGAAAUUGGGUGGGGAGCAGAGGGAACUAUCAAAUUAGAUAAUUGUUUACAGUUUAGGGAACUGAAUGAAGCUGUAGAACUUCUCAAGUUUUCAGGCUUUCUCAUUCUUUUCUAGUUUUAAAUCAGUCUCCAAUCCUGUUGGCAAGUACUAGUUUAUUUUGUAGACUAGUGCUGACAUCUUGGAGUGACUUUUUUAUUUGGGGUAAAGAGGCCAGGGAGGAAGGAGUAUUUGCAAUGAGUGCUUCAACUUCCCCUUUUCCCUUUUGGACUUUCACUUUGACUGGAUGAUUAUCUAGUACUAGUGGAUGUGAUUUAGUUUUUCUGAGUUGUAUGGUUUUUGGUUUUGAAGAUGAAUUUGGCUGUUUGCUAAGGUUGAUGCAGGCACUCGGGUUGUGUGUUACGGAUGAGACUGAUUCAGUUUUAAAAUUCACAUACCUUCUUGGUUGCUCAGGAUUUUAGAAGGUCGAACUGGGGCACAGUAGGUGGGAUUAGUGGUAGGCAUGUGUCAUGAGGACGAGAAGCCUUUGAGCAAAGCCUGCAGCUCAGAAAAAAAUUAAUUGGAGGUGAAAGUAGCAUUUUCUCUUUCCCUUCAAUGAUUUGCUAAUCUACUCUUAUAUCUAAAAACUCAACAAGGCUAUAAUUUAGAAACUGCUCUCCUAAUAGGCAUUCAGGACAAGUAGGAAGAAAGGUUCCUUUAAGGAUUCAGAGAGCUGAUUGUAAAUGUAAUUACUAUAUUAGACUGUAAAAAGCAACAGAGGGUCCUGUGGCACCUUUGAGACUAACAGAAGUACU